CUUACAUACCAAAGCCUGAUGGAAUAGAAUACAUUAGGUUGGAUCCAGAGACUCGUCUCAUUAAAAACCACAUAAUGGUUAAAGAUGAUUUAACAGUUCUGGUUAUCUUUCCCAAUAAGGAAAGACUACAUGUAGAUGACCAAAUUGUCUCGUCACUGCCUGAGGAUGUUUAUGCAUAUCUGAAAAGUGUGGAGAAGUGGCCAUUGAGUGUUGGCACCCAAAUUGAGAAUCAAAGAAAGGAUGUCAAGGAGUUAUUGUUGGACAUGAAAUGUAUAAAAGAAUGCAACAAAAUCUUCGAUGUCAAUCAUGUCGAGUCCUCCGAAAGAAACUCAAUGAUAGAAAGGGUGGCAAUAGUGUCCAGGAAAAAUGGAUUAUAUUUGAGCGUAAGAAGGGUAGUACGCUGAAACAAUAAAAUCGUUUACAGAAAAAAGUGAGUAUUAGAUCAUAUUUACUUCUUUACUACAGGGUCUCUAUCAAUUAUUGUAACAUUGCAGUGUGGAUGUUCCCAGCUUGGAGAAGAUGAAACCAUAGUAUUCUGCAGCUAGAAGAUAUUGGCUAACUCUCUGAGUGAUGGCAGAUAUUAGUUAAAUUUAUAGAGAUCCCAUAGAAUGUGUUAUUCAUAAUUUGUUGUUCAUCAUAGCAUAACAUGAAAUCAUUAAAUUGUUUUUUUUUUUUAAUUGAAUAAUGUCUUAUACUAGUAGUAGUAGUAGUAACAGUUGUUUAUACUUAUAUUAUUUCAUGUACAAUGUAGGUUUUCCCAGCUUGAUAUUAUUCAUGUAAAGUCUGAAAUAGAAAUUUUGAAUUUGAA